AUGUUCGUCAUCUUUCUGCCUACAACUGUUAAAUUUGAAAGUGAUGUUAUCAGGGUCCGCUGGGACCAUUGCCUGUGGGGUGGCUGCACAACCCCUACCAAAUGUUCUCCCAGCAGGGGAACUGCCUCUCCCCCUGUGGCCCUUGGAUCCCUCAGACCUUGCUUUCUGCUCCUGGAGAUUUGCCCUUCCUAUCAGAGCACCGCCAGCUUGCUGAAGGUGAAUUUUAACCAAGGUAAAUUCAGCUUACUGGAUGGAGGACAUUUCUUUAUGUCCAAGGAAAUUAAAGCUAUUCAGGCAUACACCUGCCACAUAACUAGAAAAAUACCUAGGCUCUCAGCGUUAGAGAGGCAAAUCUUUGACUUCCUUGGCUUCCAGUGGGCACCAAUUCUUGGAAAUUUUCUACAUAUAAUAGUCGUCAUAUUGGGUUUGUUUGGAACCAUUCAGUACAGACCUCGAUAUAUCGUGGUGUACACAGUAUGGACUGCCCUCUGGGUCACCUGGAAUGUGUUCAUUAUCUGCUUUUAUUUGGAAGUAGGUGGGCUCUCUAAGGAUACAGAUCUGAUGACAUUCAACAUUUCUGUGCACCGGUCGUGGUGGCGGGAACACGGGCCUGGCUGUGUCCGAAGAGUGCUGCCUCCGUCCGCCCACGGCAUGAUGGAUGAUUACACGUACGUCUCUGUCACAGGCUGCAUUGUGGACUUCCAGUACCUAGAGGUCAUCCACAGCGCUGUCCAGAUACUACUCUCUUUGGUUGGUUUUGUGUAUGCCUGUUAUGUGAUCAGUAUUUUCAUGGAAGAAGAGGACACCUUUGAUUUCAUAGGUGGACUUGAUGCACGCUCCUACUACCAGGAUCAUGUUGAGUUAAAGCCUAAAAAGCCAGUCGAAAUAAGUAAUGACACUGACUCUGAAACACGGCUGCUGAACUUGAGUUAG